AUGCGUCCUCACGCCUUUACUUUGCUCUCCCUUCUAGGGCUGGUCCCUAGCUUCGUCGCUGCAUCACUCUCUGGCUCAGUCGGACCCCUGACCUCAGCGUCAGCAAAGGCGGCCAAGAAGACAUGCAAUGUCCUCGACUAUGGAGCAAAAGCCGACAAGACGACCGAUCUGGGGCCCCCUCUCGCGGCGGCGUUUGCGGCCUGUAAGUCGGGUGGACUGGUGUACAUCCCCGCCGGAAACUAUGCCAUGUCCACCUGGGUCAAGCUAGCAAAUGGUAACGCAUGGGCGCUGCAGAUUGACGGAGUCAUCUACCGUACUGGCACGGAUGGCGGCAACAUGAUCAUGAUUGAGCAUUCCAGCGACUUUGAGCUCUACAGCAGCACGUCGUCAGGUGCCAUGCAGGGCCUGGGAUAUGAGUUCCACGCCGACAACAACUGGAGUGGUCCUCGUCUACUUCGACUGUGGGAUGUGUCGGACUUCUCGGUUCAUGACUUGAUUCUCGUCGAUUCGCCCUCCUUUCACUUCUCCAUGGACACUUGCUCCAAUGGGGAGGUCUAUAAUAUGGCAAUCCGUGGUGGCAACCAUGGCGGACUGGACGGUGUUGAUGUCUGGAGCACCAACAUUUGGAUUCAUGAUGUCGAGGUGACGAACAAGGACGAAUGCGUGACGGUCAAGAGUCCCGCAAAGAACAUCCUCGUGGAGAACAUCUACUGUAACCUGAGCGGUGGUUGCGGCAUGGGCUCCCUUGGGGCAGACACGGAUAUCAGCGACAUCACUUACAAGAACAUCUACACCUGGAACUCGAACGAGAUGAUGAUGAUCAAGAGCAACGGUGGCAGCGGCACUGUUUCCAAUGUUGUUUUCGAGAAUUUCAUCGGUCACGGCAACGCUUACUCCUUGGACAUCGACAGCUACUGGAGCAGCAUGAGCGCCGUCUCAGGAGAUGGUGUCGAACUGAGCAACAUCACGGUCAAGAAUUGGAAGGGAACCGAGGCAAACGGCGCAGAACGCGGGCCCAUUAAGAUCCUCUGUCCUGACAAAGUGCCCUGCUACAACAUCCUCAUUGAAGACUUUGCCAUGUGGACCGAGACCGGUAGCAAGCAGUGGUACUCGUGCCAGAGUGCCUAUGGUUCUGGAUACUGCUUAAAGUCGGGAUCAUCUCACACCUCUUAUGCAGUGACCACAACCACCGUCAGCAGUGCUCCGUCGGGCUAUUCAGCGGCGAAGAUGCCUUUGGAUUUGUCGACUGAUUUCGGCAGCACCAAGUCAAUUCCGAUCCCCACCAUUCCCACAACUUUCUAUCCUGGUGCAACUCCUUAUAGCGCUUUGAUGUCUAAGCAGUCUACCAAAGCUGUACGCGCGGUUCACAUGAGUAUGGAGACACCUGCGGCCGCAUCCCGGUCAGAGCAAGUGGGUUAG